AGAUUGGGAAGGUCUAAUAAUUCUCGGGUGUACAAGGUUGGAAAUAGAAACCUAGGCGAGCUGCACUCUCUCCAACCCACAAUCCCACAUGACUCGUGUAGAAGACCCCCCUUCCCUGGUCCCCAACGUGUAACUUUGCAAAUGACCCAAUCAAAUUCCAUGUAACCACCAACCUCGUUUCUUUCUAACUUUGCAUUUUAGUUCAAUUUUACACCCUUCUCUUUUCUCUCUUUCUCGCCAUUAAUUCUCUCCAAACUCUGUAUAAUUUUAUAUUCUUGUAUUUUACAUACGAGAAUAACAUAGUACCCAAGAAAUUCAGUCUAAUCCUCAACCAAAAAAAAAAAAAAAACCACCUGCUUCUGGUGCUAUUUCACCGCUUUCUCUCUCCUACAUAGGCGCAAUUUUUUCUGGGUUUUCUUCAAAUUAUUGAACCCCCUCUCAAUUUCCUCUGUUCGUGAAAUUUUCCGGCGAAACGUUUCUUUUUCAAUUGCUUAUCAUAUUCUCGGUUUCUCAUCAGAUUGUGAAGGAGGAGUAUUUUCUGGGUUACCCAGAUGGACGAAGAGUCACUUUUGCCAUUAUUGAGGCCACAAAUAUCUCCACCACAUCUAAAUUUGUCACCUCUUCCUGAAAAUGAAGAACUUUCUCUCUCCUUAACACCUUCAGAGUUUAAAAAUCGGUUAAUUUUUGGGCCUUCUCUUCCUUCACCUAAUGAACUUGCAAAAUCAAUUCAACCCUCUUCGAGUUGUUCGGCUUUGGACGCGCUUUCUCUGUCCACUUCUCCAAACCUACAAUCUCCAUCUUCAGAGUACCAUCAUUUAUCUUUUCUAUUUGACCCACAAUUGGCACAGCAGUCUCAAGAACAGCUGCUGCCCCCGCUUCCUCCACUGCCACCGUCGUCGCAACAGCAGCAGCAGCAGCAGCAGCAAUGGUUGGUUGAUCCUAAUUACAGAUACAGGAGAAGUAAUCUUCAUAGGUCUAAAACUGCCCCAGCUAUGGCUGUUUUAAAUGAUGUUGAUAAGGAGAAUCCCACGACUACCAAUCAGCCUAAGCCCACUUCUCAGUCUGUUGUUGUACAAGCUUUUGUGUUACUUUUGAUUUAUUUGUCAUUUGGGGUUAUUAUAUAUUGGGUUAAUAGACGACAGUUUUCGGUGAGGGAGACUCACCCAGUUAUUGAUGCCUUGUAUUUUUGCAUUGUGACUAUGUGCACUAUUGGUUAUGGGGAUAUUACCCCUAAUUCUACUACAACUAAGUUGUUCUCCAUUUUGUUUGUAUUGGUUGGAUUUGGAUUUAUUGAUAUUUUGCUUAGUGGGAUGGUUACUUAUGUGUUAGACGUGCAAGAGAAUUAUCUUCUUAGGUCAGUUAAGGCUAAGAAGGAAGAGGGUCAAGCGACGUCUGUGGUUUUUGAUGUGAAGAAAGGUAGGAUGAGGAUUAGAAUGAAGGUGGCCUUGGCAUUAGGUGUAGUGGUUCUGUGUAUUGGAGUUGGUGUGGGAGUUAUGCAUUUUGUUGAGCAUCUUGGAUGGGUGGAUUCACUUUAUCUCUCAGUUAUGUCGGUUACUACUGUGGGUUAUGGUGAUAGGGCGUUUACAUCAUUGUCUGGUCGUUGCUUUGCAUCCAUUUGGUUGCUUGUAUCCACACUUGCUGUUGCCAGGGCUUUUUUGUACUUGGCUGAGGCUAGAAUUGACAAGCGUAAUAGGUUGUUGGCAAAACGGGUGCUUGGGCAGGAUAUGACUGUCUCACAAUUUCUUGCUGCUGAUAUGGACAACAAUGGUUUUGUGAGUAAGUCAGAGUAUGUAAUCUACAAACUGAAGGAGAUGGGAAAGGUAUCAGAUAAAGACAUUCUUCUGAUUUGCAAGAAAUUUGAUCAGCUGGAUACUGGCAACUGCGGAAAGAUUACAUUAGCUGAUCUUAUGCAUCCUCAUCACCGAGAUUCAUUAUAGGAAUUAAAUCUAGGCUUUCUCGACUUGUUGGUUGCUUUGAUUCUUAAUCUUGACAGAGCUACAUCAUGUCAGAAUGUUAAAGGGUGCAAAUCUUUUCUGUACAUACACACCAGCAGUUCCACUCUCAGCUUAUAUAUAUGAUCCCCUAAGAAAUACAAGGAGUAAGAUGCAUUAUGCAACUGGACCUAGUUAUUUCUACGAGUCGAUCAUGCUCUUUCCCAAAGGGUAGGAGCUGCCUAUCUUGUAUAGUUCACUGGAUGCUCAAGAAGCAUUUUCUUAAUGAGGCAGCUACUGUUGAGAAAAUAUGUUUAUCUGCUGAUGUCUGAGCUAGGUGAUAGGUUAUAUUGUAUCUAUUUUUUGCAGAUGAAUUAAAGGGUUCUUCAUCUUUUUGUUCCUACUUUGGUUAUCUGCGUAACGGACGUCAUUUUCUCUAUACUAAUAGAAAUCAUGCUGUGUGAAAUGAAGCUCAGUUAUAUUGACACA